UGAGGUUAGUUUUCAUAUAAAGAUCCUCUCUUUCUUUUGCGAAUUACCAAGACAAAGUUUUGAUUCUUUUUUUCUUUUUCUUUUGCAGUGAAUUAUGCUGAAGAAGAGAUCAAGAAGCAAACAAGCAUUAAUGGCGGAUACGAACCAGAAACAGAGUAAACCCACACCCAAAACGUUUCCACGCCUCUUCACAGCUUUCACCAGCUUCAAAAGCUUCACUGAAAACGACGCCGUCGCCAGCCCAACCUCAAUCCUCGACACCAAACUUUUCUCCCCUUUGAAAAACACUCUUGUACCCGAUAACCCGAAAACCCACGAACCCGAGACCCGACUCAAGCUCGAACCCACCAGAAUCGGACUCGCCAUCGUCCAAGAUGAAGACCCGGUACCCGGUUUAUUCUCCCGACCAAGAUCCGGAACUAUACUAUUCGGGUCCCAGCUCCGGAUCCGGGUCCCGGACUCUCCACGAUCCUCGUCGGAUUUUGGGACCAAAACGAAAACUUCUCCGGUUUCCCCUCCGCCGGAAGAGGUGAAGAAAGCGGGUAUCGGGUCGACCCGGAUCUUCACGGGCUAUUUCUCGACCAGCGAGAUGGAGCUGUCGGAGGACUACACGUGCGUCACGUGUCACGGGCCUAACCCGAGAACGAUCCAUAUUUUCGAUAACUGUAUCGUUGAGAGCCAACCCGGCGUCGUUUUCUUUCGAAGCUCCGACCCGGUUAACGAUUCUGAUUAUUUACCACCCGACAGUUUUCUCAGUAGCUGCUGUAACUGUAAGAAGAGUCUUGGGCCUCGUGAUGACAUUUUCAUGUAUAGGGGUGAUAGAGCCUUCUGUAGCAGCGAAUGCAGGUCUUUGGAGAUGAUGUUGGAGGAAAAUGACAUUUUAAUGAAAUAAGCUUAUUGAGAUUUUAAAAUGAUGUUAUGAUAAUGACUAAAAUAAAUAAGUAACUGUAGUAUGAGGAAAAUGAUAAUGUUAGAUAUAAAUUUUUGUUUAAUUGCUUUUUUUUUUCGCUCGGGGCAGAGUUGGUAUCUGUAUCUAUCAAUCAAUGUGUAUUAUUGUGUCUACAUGAUGCAUAAUCAUAUACAUAUUUUACUUAAUCGUUACUUUUUUUUU